AUGCGAUUCACGGUUUGGUUACUAAGGAAUUUAAAUAUUCCGGAAUGGAAUCGUCGUGUUUGGGAAAUUGGAUAUCGUGGACCUCCUCUUCCAAAGUUGAAAAUAAAAGGCAGGCCGGAUUAUCCGAUUAGUGGCAAUGCCAUCAGACAAUUGCAGGAUAAAAUGAAAAUAGAAUAUGAAGUAAUGAAAUGUCUUGCAACACCUUACUUAAGCAAGGAAAUGGAACAUGCAUAUAUUAAGAAAUAUGGUACAUGUGCAGAACAGCGAGAGAAAGAAUUUUUAGAAAUGGAGCAACGUCGUAUGCCAGGAAAAUCUAAAAAGCGAAUUGUUGGAAGUGGUGAAGUGUUGAAAGCAAAAGCGAAUAUUGGUAAUCUAUUGCAUGAACAUCGAACUAUUGAAAGCAGUUUAAAGGAGCUAAUUGUUAGGCAACGUUGGGACUAA